AUGGGAAACUCGGCCGCUCGUCUGAGCGACGUCAAAGUGUACGGAAAACCAGGCGCCAUCGUCUUGAGCGCGGUUUUGGACGUGGAACGUGAGAUAGACCCGCCGGUGCAUUUGCAGCUGGUGGUGAAGCGCUGCAACCUGCAGAGCCACGAUGGGUGCGAAACCUACGAGCGCGUCUCGCUGGAAGAUAUUUGCUCGAAGAUCGACAGCAACACCAUCCUGCAGAAGUACAUGGAAAUCUUUACGCCACCGUUGAGCUGCCCGUUGAAGAAGGGUCGCUACGUGGCGGAACAGUCGGAACUAAAGCUCCGGAUUCUGGAGAUGUUUCCCAUCGAGAACGCGUUCUGGCAGAUGGAAUUCUACUUCCUGGACAAACGCAACGAAACGAUGCAGUGCGAUUACGCCGAAAUAGCCGUCACGGACGAGUAG